AUGGCUAGUGAAUAUGUUCCAAAUGUUAUUGUAGUGGGUGCUGGUGGUGUCGGUGUCAUCUGCGCAUUAUCUUUAUGCACUAAGGGUAAGACUGAUGUCUCUCUGGUGGUAAGAUCAGACUUCAAUCAUGUUCAAGAAAAAGGGUACCAGAUCGACUCUUGCAAUUAUGGGAAAUUGGAUUCCUGGAGACCUCAUCAUAUCUUUAAGACGACUGAGGAUGCUGCUUCAGAUGGAAAAUUCUUCGACUAUAUUUUGAUUGCCACUAAGAAUAUUCCAGAUGGGCCUGUGCACUCUAGAGUGGAAAAUAUUGUUAAACCUUUACUUUUGAACAAUCAUUCCAUCGAUGUCACUCGUCAAUCUAACAUCUUGUUAGUUCAAAAUGGUAUUGAUAUCGAAAAAUCGAUCCUAGAGAUAUUUGAUCAAAAAGAAUACAAUUAUACAAUUCUAUCAGGUAUUGAGAUCGUAGGCUCUACAAAAAUAGCUACCGGUACUAUUCAUCAAAUUGGUACUGAAAAAAUAUUUGUAGGUGCGUUCCAACCAGAUGACAAUAGGGCUAAAGAAGCCGCUAAACAGUUUGUUGAUAUGUAUGUCAAUGAAGGUCAGAAUGCUGGAGAGUUUGAUCCACGAGUACGCCACUCAAGAUGGAACAAAUUGUUGUAUAAUGCUGCAAUAAACACUACUACAGCUUUGAUUGGGUUAGACGUUCCUCGUGCUUUACAAUUCGGUGUAGAUGGGAAGAGUACUGAGUUUGAAAUCUUCAGGCCAGCAAUGAAUGAAAUUAUAAAGAUUGCAGCCAGUGAAGGUAUUAUCUUAGACGAAGCCUACAUUGAUAUUUUCACUAAUAUCAGUAGGAACCUUUUAUUCAAACCUUCUAUGUGUGUUGAUCGUGAAAAGGGCCAAUUGAUGGAACUUGAAGUUAUCUUAGGUAACCCAAUCGGUAUUGCCAAGAAGAAUGGUGUCGAGACACCUGUCUUGUCCAAUUUAUAUUUUUUAUUAGUGAUGUUACAAGGAAAAUUAAAAGAGGCAAACGGCUUAAUUAAUUUCGAUGAAGAGACAUGUAGAAUUGUCAAUUGA